CCUUGUGCGCACAAGACAUUUUGUAAAUUAAAAUCUUAAUUUCCAUUGAGGAAUAUAUGAGUGGAUAAUAACAUAUGAAAAAACAUCUUCACACUUCCCAUAGAUAUUUUGCCACCCUUUAAUUUCAAUCUCCACACAAUUUAUAUAUAUAUUUUUUUGAGUUUUGACCAACAAUCAAAAUUAACCAAUAUUCCUCAUUUCCCACCCUUCUCAAACCAUCCAAUCCAACCCAAAAAAAUGGCAAUCCUAAAUUACAUGACAGUGAACUCCAGUGCAACACCAAUGUCACAAGACCCACCAAUAUCAUCAUCACCAGCAGCGCCGCCGCGGUUGCCCACCAAAAUCUUACUCCCAAACAAGAAGCCUGAAAAAUGGUCAACUGGCGUUGCGCCGGGAGAAUACGGCGGCCCACCCACCACCACCAAGCUCCGUAAGUAUUGGGGUGGAGAGAAGGAAGACCCUAUUACCUCCUCUGACUUGAUUUGGAACAGAGAUUUUAUGCCUCGAAUGGAAAAGCUUCUUCAAGAUCAAUCUCAAAUUGAUGCUUCCACACUGCCUCCUUCCCAGAUUGAGGAGUCCUCUGGAUUUUUAAGCCUGAAUAGAGUCAUGAGUCUUGACAGUUUAGAAGUUGAUCUCAGCGCUUCUCUUAAAGCAAUUCCAAAGCCAGCACUAGAACAGCCAAAAACAACAACCAAAAAUAUGCAAUCUCCUACGCAAAGAUGGAAGCUUGCUCCGACUAGACGAGAGCAGGAGAAAUGGGAUAAAGCAACUAAGGCUGCUACUGGAGGCACUGAUGUGAUGCUUCGCGAAUCAAGGAAGACUCAGGGGGAUCCAGAAGUUUUAGCCGCCCAAGCAAGAGAACAGUAUUAUAAGCUAAAGAACAAAUUGCAACAGCUAACAGUUGGAAUAGGUGGCGUUGGAUUAGUUUCAGCUUAUGUUUCUUACACUCCAGAAAUCGCAAUAAGUUUUGGUGUUGGGUUCCUUGGAUCAUUGGCCUACAUAAGGAUGCUUAGCAACAGUGUGGACUCCAUGGCCUCUUCAGGAUCUAGGAGUAUGAUUAAGGCAGCAGUUGGACAGCCUAGGCUAUUGGUACCAGUUGUGUUGGUCAUGAUCUUUAAUCGUUGGAAUGGGAUCGCGGUCCCUGAAUAUGGACUUAUGCACCUGGAUUUAAUACCAAUGCUAGUAGGGUUCUUCACCUACAAAAUUGCUACUUUUUUCCAAGCCAUUGAGGAAGCUGUGAAAAUAGUAGAGAAUAAGCCAAAUAACUCAGAGACUUGACAGUGCACUUGCUUUGCAACAUUAAUUUUGAGUUUCUUUAUUGGCUUUCAGAUUAAACAGUGGCUUGAAGGGGAAUACUCAUUAAACAGGAAUCAUCCACAAACAUGCAAUCACAAGUAUAUGAAAUUCAAAGAUAAUCGAGCUUGUGCUGCAGUUAUGAUGAUUGAGUUAUGUAAUAUAAGGAUGAAGGGGGAACUAAGCUCUGUCAUUACAAACAGAGCAUCACUUUGAUGUAAUAUACUACAAUAAACUUUGGGUUAUUUUUUUGUUUAUUAUUAAUCUAAGUUGUUGAAAAUGA